GGUCGGAGGGGGCCAGGCCGCGGCAGGGGAGAGGGGUGAAGGCUACACACCCAGCAGGAGGCCGUCCAUGUCAAAGAUGAGGUAACUAACCAUUGGGCAUCAAGAUCGUUGAAAUACCAGUUUCAGAAGCAGACAUGAAAAGAGCUGUAUCAGGCUCCCAAGGUGACAUACUGGCUUGAAGAUUUGUACUGCUCUGCAGUUCUGUGUGAAGGCAGUGAUUAGUUGCAGCUUCGCGUAAGGGAAGUCCUGUCUCUUUUGUCUGUAGUUCACGUGACUGGACUUUGUACCCAUUUACCAGUAAUAAGUGUGCAGCCAUCUUGUUUGAAAACUAGAGGCAGAAACUGACACAAUUCCGUGCUGCAAGGAAGAAGAUGAGACUCCUUUUAUUUCUAGUAAUUUGCCAGUGUGCCAUAAACAGUGUCAAAACACACAAUCCCAAUGUCAUUUUACUGAUGGCUGAUGAUCUUGGUAUUGGAGACCUGGGAUGUUAUGGGAACAGAACCUUAAGAACCUCUAAUAUUGACAGGCUAGCAGAGGAAGGAGUGACACUUACUCAGCAUAUAGCAGCAUCCCCACUUUGUACUCCAAGCAGGGCAGCUUUCCUGACAGGGCGAUAUCCUAUCAGAUCAGGAAUGGCUGCCUUCUCACGAGUUGGUGUCUUCUUAUUUUCUGCCUCUUCUGGGGGUCUUCCUUCUGAAGAAAUAACUUUUUCCAAACUCCUGAAGCAGAGAGGUUAUGCAACAGCUCUAAUAGGAAAGUGGCAUCUUGGGAUGAACUGUGAAAGCAGUAAUGACUUCUGUCACCACCCCCUCAGUCAUGGAUUUGAUUACUUUUAUGGGCUUACCGUGACCAAUUUUAGAGACUGCAAACCUGGCCAAGGCAGCGUAUUUUUAAAAGGGGUUCAGAAAUCCCUUGUCAUCCCAAUCCAAAUCACUGGAAUCACCCUGGUCUCCUUGGCAAUAGUGCAGUACAUUGGCCUUCUCAAAGUACCUUUCCAAGCAUUGGGUUACUGCUUGUUAAUAACCGCUAUUUCACUUGCGGUUUUGAUUUUUUUCUUUUAUCAUUUUCGACACUUGAACUGCUUCUUAAUGAGGGACCAUCAGAUUAUCCAGCAACCACUAUCCUAUGAGAACCUUACGCAGAGACUGACAAAGGAAGCCAUGCAGUUUAUACGAAGGAACACUGAUACACCAUUUCUUCUUUUCCUGUCUUAUCUACAUGUCCAUACUGCUCUAUAUGCUUCAAAAAAUUUCAGAGGAAAGAGCAAGCAUGGUUUAUAUGGGGAUGCAGUGGAGGAAAUGGACUGGAGUGUAGGGCAGGUUCUGGAUGUGCUGGAGAAAUACAAUCUGAGCAAUAAAACUCUUGUAUACUUUACAUCUGACCAAGGGGCUCAUGUUGAAGAAAUCUCCAGUUCUGGAGAAGUCCAUGGAGGAUACAAUGGCAUAUAUAAAGGUGGAAAAUCAAUGAACUGGGAAGGAGGUAUUCGUGUGCCAGGGCUUCUCCGUUGGCCUGGAGUGAUACAAGCUGGUGCCUAUAUUGAUGAGCCAACAAGUAACAUGGAUAUAUUUCCUACCGUAGUCAAACUUGCAGAGGCACAGUUACCCUCUGACAGAAUUAUUGAUGGACAUGAUCUGAUGCCCUUACUUCAAGGAAAAGUAACCAGAUCCAAGCAUGAAUUUCUCUUCCAUUACUGUAAUGCAUAUUUAAAUGCAGUGCGCUGGCAUCCAGGAAACAGUGAAUCUGUCUGGAAAGUCAUCUUCUUCACUCCAAACUUCAGUCCUGAAGACUCCAAUGGUUGCUACGAUUCUCACGUUUGCUUCUGCCAUGGAGGAUUCGUCACACAGCAUGAUCCCCCACUGCUCUUCGAUCUCUCCAGAGACCCUGAAGAGAAAGUCCCGCUGACUCCAGAAACGGAGAGCCGUUUCUACGAAAUCCUCGGGGUCAUACACCUAGCAGUAGACAACCACACCAGAUCCCUGCAUCCUGUCCCUGACCAGCUGUCAUGGGACAACCUUCUCUGGAAGCCGUGGCUCCAAGUGUGCUGCUCAUCUCUCUUUCAGUCUUGCUACUGUGACUAUGACUCAGAAGGCAGACUGCUAGAGGUGCAUUCAGGAUAAACAAGCUGUAAUUCCCUUUCAGAAACUGGAACAAGAGAGGGUGGGUAGCUGACUUGCACCGCUGCGGUACUAGCCUUCAGAAGGGUUUGUUACGUAGGAGGACCUGUCUUCGAAUACACCAUUGCAGUAGAAGAGAAUUUCAGUCAAGAAAAUGUGCCAAGAGGAGGGCAAGACACGCCUCUUCUGUCUUUGUAAUACAAGAAUCAGUAUGAAGCACAUGUUGCUGUCCUCAUUUACAAAUGGGUAGGCUGUAGGUAUUUUCUAGAUGAGAUCAUUUUCUAGAUCUUCAGAUUCAGCUUUUUUCUUGCACAGCAAGGAAUUUACCUGUAGUUUCUGUCAAUUACAGCUACUAAAUGCACACUUUCUUGUCCUUUUUGCUAAGUGUUAUCCACCUUCAGUAGAACAUAGCACCGAGUAAUUGAAAAUAGAGAGAUAACAGUGGAGAGGUCCACCCGUGACUAUAAUUUGGUAGCUCAUAGAUAGCUAAAGAGCAGCCCUGCAAUAGCAUCUCUGUCAACAAGCAACACAGAUAUGAAAUAAUAAACAGAUUGCCAACAAGCUAACAUUACAUGUGCCAUAAAAAUGUAGAGAGCUAUGUAGUGGAAGACCUUGCAUCCACAUUAAAACAGUGCUCCCUGGCUAGUGUCCUAUUGCACGGCAACAGCCUUUGUUUCAAAAGGAAACCGCUUCAAGUGCACCAGUCGUGCUUGAGUGUGUACCAUAAGUCUCCACAUAUAUAUAUAUAUGCAAGCAAAAUUCGUAACCCCCCAAACCCCCCCAAAUCCUUCAAUCCCUGAUAUAGACACGCCUCUACGGUCAUAACUCAGUUGCUAAAAUGAAAGAUUUGGUCCAUACUUGAUAUCUGAGUUCCAAAUUCACAUGAUACUACAAAUAUAUCUUUCACUAUCUAUCUAUCAUACCUGUUCUUCCACUGAUGACAGUAGUGUGCAUCACAAAUAAAUAAAAUUUGAUCUUCCUUUAAA